AUGGUCUCUUCUUCUGUUUGUACUGAUCAAGUAAAGAAUGAUGUUUUCCUUAGUUUUAGAGGUAAGGACACCCGCAACAAUUUUACCAGCCAUUUCCAUGCAGCUUUGUGUCGGGGAGGUAUUAAUGUUUUCAUUGAUAGCAAACUCCAUAGAGGGGAUGAAAUUUUAUCUCUAAUGGACAUAAUCCAAGGAUCGAACAUUUCAGUUAUCAUUUUUUCAAAGGAUUAUGCUUCUUCCAGAUGGUGUCUUGAGGAACUUUCAAAGAUCCUUGAAUGCAAGAACAAAUACGGCCAAAUUGUGGUACCAAUUUUUUAUCACGAAGAUCCUUCAGAUGUAAGGGAUCAGGCUGGGAUUUUUGGGGAAGCUUUUACUGCGCAUAGAAAACACUUUAAAGUUCAGAUGCAAAGGUGGAGGAAUGCUUUGAAGGAAACAACCAAUCUAUCCGGUUGGCAUUUAGAUGGAACUAAGUAA